AUGGCCUAUGAUCGCUAUGUAGCCAUCCGGGACCCCUUAAGGUACUCAGUCAUAAUGAACUGGGGUUUCUGUGGAGGGCUGGCUGCCGGGUGCUGGGUGGGUGGCUUUAUAGCAUCCACAGUGGACACAGUGGCCACAUUCCAGCUUUCUUUUUGCCGGGAAAAUGUUAUCAAUCAUUUCUUUUGUGAAAUGCCUGCCCUGCUGCACCUCUCCUGUACAGACACAUCCCAUGUAGAGAUGGUCAUGAAUGUCCUCUGCAUCUUUACCCUCGUAUGCCCUGUCACAUUCAUCAUCUUCUCAUAUGCACAUAUUAUUAAUGUUGUCUUACGCAUUAGAUCUGCUGAGGGACGUAGAAAAGCCUUUUCUACUUGUUCUUCCCACGUCAUGGUUGUCAUGGUAUUGUAUGGUACUGUACUCUCACUCUAUAUUAGACCUCGAUCAAUCUCUUCCCCAAAGUAUGAUAAAAUAAUUUCUGUAUUUUAUGUGGCCUUUACACCUAUCUUUAAUCCUCUUAUCUAUAGUCUGAGGAAUAAGGAGGUAAAGAUGGCCCUAAGAAAACUCCUUGGGAAAACCAGAGACACAUAA